AUGGCAAUUGCAAGGGGAAACGGAUGCUGGAAGUGCAAAGAGCGCCGUGUUCGCUGUACCGGUGAGCGUCCUUCUUGCACCGCCUGUACACGCCUGGGACACAGCUGCCAGUACGGAAUGAAACUCCAGUGGAAAGAGGAUGCAGAGGCGAGAGGAAUCACCUUCGGGCGUGAAGGUGUCUGGAGCAAGCACAAGCCUGGGAAACAACGCAAACAGGGCGAGACACAACUCGGAUUACACCAUGUGGUCGAUCUGAGGGCCUUCGAAGGUCGGUUUAUGUUUCUGAAUACUACGUACAGGGACUUUGUCGGUACUGGCAGGAGGACCCGGGAGGAACCGGAUCUUGAAGAGCAUCAAAUUGACGCUGUGACGGAUGGUGAUUGGCCAGCUUCCGCAACCGAUCCACGACAAGUGUUUCUCUCUGAAGAUGUUGCCACAACCAACCCAACACUGCUGUCCGCCAGCAGCAUGUCACUCUUCACGCCAUCGCUAUACCAACUCGAUUCCAUCACCUCUCACCUCCUCCAAUACUUCAUCGAAAGGAUUUGUCCGGCUUGCACUUUGACAUCCUCUUUCAACCCGUACCUCAAAGUGAUCACGCCCAUUGCGCUGUCAUCACCCACGUUGUUGCAGGCGGUUCUUGCUGUCUCAGCGGACGAGCUCCGAAUAACAAGUGACAGGCAAUAUACUGACCUGGCAUUAACGUACAAAUCGAAGGCCCUCAAUGGCUUAAGACGGGAUAUGCAACGAAGUUUACAGUCGGGUGUGGUAGACAAUAUUGUUGCCACGUCAUUAAUGCUCUGCUUUUUCGAGAUUGCAGCAGGGUGCAAUCGGGAGUGGGUGACCCAUCUCAAAGGUGCACGAAACUUGUGCGACCUUUACAGGAACUCAGAGAGACAAGACCAAAACUUCAGGCGGUUCAUCACCAUGUACUUUGUGGCUCAUGAAGUUAUGGGUCGAACAGCAUGGGAAAGUGAGCUGUUGUUCGAGUGUGAUCAGUGGUUUGACGGAGAUGACGAGAGCGAGAUUGACGGGAUGAUGGGGUGUUCACGGGAGCUGAUGAAACUGAUUUCGAAAAUCUCGAAUAUGGCGAGUGAACUGCGAAGAGAUGAAGGCCCAGCAGAGCAGUUUGCCGAACGACGGAAUGAAGUGGGACGCAAACUCUAUAGCCUUUACCAGUGGUCUCCAGAGGUUAACCCUGAGUUGGACGCCAUCGCAGAGAUAAAGCGGUUAUCGGCACUCAUAUACUUCUUUGCUAGGCUUGAAAUGGCUGGACCCUCCGAGCCUCGUAUGGAGGAAUUGACGGGUCAAGUUAUCGACAUGAUGCGUUUACUACCAGACAAAGCCACGUUACUUUGGCCGUUGUUUAUCAUAGGUACUUUAGGUGUUCAAUCUGAGGAAGAUCGACGGUUUGUUCUGGAUAGGCUUGAGAACAUGCAGCGGAAACGGGACCUCGGGAGUAUUCGUAAAGGUCGAAAGGCGAUUGAGGCCGUGUGGGUAGACCGUGAUCUGGGAAGAACUGGAAGCUGGGAGUAUCUGGUGGAAGGCAGAGGAGGGCUGUUGAGCUUGGCUUGA